GGCUCAAGAAAUAUCCUUACUGGAAACCUCAAUCUGUUAAAAAAUUUGUUUACCUUCCUCUUUCCUCACCCCAAUCUGAGAAUUUCUUUGGAUUUGACAUUUUCUUUAGACAAUCCAAUCCUUUUCCAGGUUUGGCACCUCUCAGUUGUUUGUAUGUGUAUGAAUAAAUGCUCCCCAUUUCAUAAAAAUAAAAGAAAAGAGAAUCAAUCAAGCCUGCAAAUUGCUGGCUUUGUUGACAUUUUGGCCUUUCCCGUCUACUUAACCCCAAUAAUACGUCCCUUUGCUCUCUGUCAAUCUCUCAUUGGUCAUGUAUUCAAGAUUUCCAGAUACUAUUUUCUUGCUUGGAACAGCGUUCCGUUGUUGACUAAGAAGAAACCCGUUUCUUGACUAAAGUUGUUGCCAUUUUGGUGGGAAUUAGAUUGAAAUAAACAGUUCCAACGAUCUUUUACCUUUGUGAACUUUUGUCCUGCAAGUCAAAGCUGCUAGGGGAUGAGAAACUGAAGUCUGAAGAAGUUUGCUAAAAUGGGCACAAGGUGUUCGAUGAAAUGAAGGUGCUUCUUUGGUUGUUUUAAUUUGGUGGGUCAAGAUGAAUCUGAGGCAAAAGAGUGUGAAAGAUAGAAGUUUGGAUGUGGCAAAAAGGGUUGUGUUGGUUUGUGUUAAAGCUUCUAGGGAAAUCCCAAGAAGUGCUUUAGCAUGGACUCUGACUCAUGUUGUUCAGCCUGGAGACUGUGUUAAGCUGCUGGUGGUCAUCCCAGAUCAUCAUUCAAUAAGUAAACUAUGGGGGUUUUCAAGAUUCCACAGUGAUUGUGCACACACAAAUGGGAAAUCAUUCUCGGGAACAGUUUUUGAUCAGAAGGAUUACAUUACAGAUUCAUGCGCCCAAAUAAUGCUUCAGCUCAAUGAUCUUUAUGAUCCAAACAAGAUACAGUUGAAGAUCAAAGUCAUUUCUGGAUCAGAGUGUGGAGUGGUAGCUGCUGAAGCCAUGAAAACUCAAACUCACUGGGUGGUAUUGGAUAAGAAAAUGAAAAAAGAGGCAAAAAUUUGCUUGGAGGAGCUAGAAUGUAACGUUGUUAUGAUGAAAAAUUCUCAUCCCAAGAUUCUCCGUAUGAAUUUCGUUGGAUCGCCAAGCACAGAAAAUGAAGUAAUCGCUUGGUCUCAAAUAUCUAGAAAUCUUUUAACUGAGAUUCGGGUGCCAAAUGUAACUCCUGUUAGCAGUCCAGAGCAUGUAUCAUCGACAACAACUGCUGCUCGAACAUCCUCAAUUUCAAGCUCAGAGCUGGAAGCUUGUCUACUUGCUACCUCUGAUUUCCGUUGGGAUCUAAAGAAAGGAGGCUUUCCACAUCGCGAUGUCCGUUAUCUCUUUGAUGAGUCUGAUUCUGACACAGACAUUGAAAAGCUGAUUUCUCCUUCCACGAGUAUAUCUUCCAAGCAAUCGACAGCAGAUACUUUCAGUUCAUCUGGUGAAUACUCAAAGUUCUUGAAGAAAGGCUCACAAAAGUUAUCUAAGGUUAAGAUGCGAAAUUUUACUGGUCAGGACAUUCAUGGAAAAUUCUUUGAACUUGAUCCGAACCUUGAAGUAGGAGGAGAAAGAGAGAGACUUUCUAUGGAGUUAAGCAAGAAUGUGAGAAAAAUGGUAUUAUUAUCCAAGAGUUCACCUCCUGACCCUCCCCCUCUUUGUUCAAUAUGUCAACAUAAGGCGCCUGUCUUUGGAAAACCCCCACGGUGGUUUACAUAUGCCGAGCUUGAAACUGCUACCCGUGGAUUUUCUAAAGCUAAUUUUUUGGCUGAGGGUGGAUAUGGUUCUGUACACCGUGGAGUCUUACCAGAUGGCCAAGUCGUAGCUGUCAAGCAGCACAAAUCUGCGAGUUCCCAAGGUGAUCGGGAGUUUUGCUCAGAAGUGGAGGUCUUGAGCUGUGCUCAGCAUCGAAAUGUUGUGACGCUAAUUGGAUUCUGUAUAGAGGAUGGAAGAAGGUUGCUUGUAUAUGAAUACAUUUGCAAUGGUUCUUUGGAUUCUCACCUAUAUGGGCACAAUCGAGACCCAUUAAACUGGUCUGCGAGGCAAAAAAUUGCACUUGGAGCUGCUCGAGGGCUGAGAUACCUUCACGAGGAGUGCAGAGUAGGAUGCAUUGUACAUCGUGACAUGAGGCCUAAUAACAUUCUUCUCACUCAUGAUUUUGAGCCAUUGGUUGGAGACUUUGGACUAGCAAGGUGGCAGCCAGGUGGAGACUUGGGUGUUGAAACAAGAAUAAUUGGAACAUUUGGGUACUUGGCUCCAGAGUAUGCUCGAAGUGGGCAAAUCACUGAAAAGGCCGACGUCUACUCUUUUGGCGUGGUGUUAGUGGAACUCAUCACCGGGAGAAAAGUGAUGGAUAUAUACCGCCCCAAGGGCCAACAGUGCCUCACAGAGUGGGCGCGCCCUUUGCUGAAAGAGAACGCCAUCGCUGACCUCAUAGAUCCAUGCAUAAGGAACUGCUACCUAGAACAAGAGGUUCGCCGCAUGAUGCACUGUGCAUCAUCGUGCAUUCAACCCGACCCUCUUUCCAGGCCUCGGAUGUCUCAGGUACUUAGGAUGUUGGAAAGUGACAUUUAAGAACUCAGAGUUGAUAUUGAAAAAGACACAAAGAUGGAACCAAAACCAGGAUGCUUCACUGUCUUUGCUGCAUUAGAUAAUGUAUCUGGCAAGAAGCUUCUCCCAUGAGACAAGGGAAUCUCUCCAAGGAAAAAAGGAUAUGGAGUGAGGGCUUUUUUGUACUUUCAUGUUUCCCUUUGUUGCAAUCUUGCCUAUGCUGUAAAACUGUUGAAUCAUUUAUUUUUAUUCAAGGUAAAAAUGAAAGUUAAAUCUUGUAUUUUUGUGUAAAGGUGGAGGUUACUUGUUUAACACGUUACUAUUACGGGACUCUGAUAUAAUUUAGUGAUAAAUUAUGUCUUAAUAAUAAAUUUGAGUUCGAAUCUUAUCA